CGCGCAGGCUCCUUUUGAGCUGGUCCUUGGCCCUGACUCCGAGGCCUUGCGAGCUUCGGAAGACGCGCCGGGUGGUUCGUGGGUUUGGAAGCUCCCGGCGCCCCGCAUUUCUGCGACCUCGGGCGCGUCCUGGUCAAGCCCCCUCAGCCCCGUCCUGGGAGCCUCCUCCUCAAGCACCCUUACCUGGUCCCAGCCGGUCCUCCUGGGAGCCCCCACCUCGCCUCUGCCCUGGGCCCUGUGGCCCCUCCCCCACCCCGGCCUCCUUCCCCGGCCCGGCCCGUCCACCUCGGAGCCCGCUCCCCGCCUCCGCCCCGGGCCCUCUGGCCCCUCCCCCACCCCGGCCCCCAACCCGGUCCCGGCCUGUCCUCCUCGGAGCCCCCACCCCGUCUCCGCCCACCGCAGGAUGGGCGACAACACCAGCCCCAUCAGCGUGAUUCUGGUGAGCUCGGGCAGCAGGGGCAAUAAACUGCUGUUCAGGUAUCCCUUCCAGAGAAGCCAGGAGCACCCGGCGUCCCAGACAAAGAGAGAGACAGACAGACAAGAGUGUGAGCAGGAGAGGGCCAGAGAGAGAGGGAGACACAGAAUCCGAAGCAGGCUUCAGGCUCUGAGCUGUCGUCACAGAGCCCAACACGGGGCUCGAACUCACGAACCAGGAAAUCAUGACCUGAGCCAAAGCCAGAUGCUUAACCCAUUGAGCCACCCAGAUAAGCCUCGUAGCAGAUACGCCGUCAACAACACUGGAGACCAUGCCGACGACCAGGAUGGUGAUUCCAGCGAGCCAUGUCCUCCAACCGAUGAGCGAUUGGUUGCAGGGUUUUCGGAUGUCAUUCUGGCAACAAUUUUGGCAACCAAGUCUGAAAUGUGUGGCCAAAAAUUUGAACUGAAGAUUGAUAACGUGCGGUUUGUUGGGCACCCGACACUGCUGCAGCAUGCUCUGGGGCAGGUCUCAAAAACCGAUCCAUCUCCAAAGAGGGAAGCUCCCACCAUGAUUCUUUUUAAUGUGGUGUUUGCCCUGAGGGCCAACGCGGACCCAUCAGUGAUAAACUGCCUGCACAACCUUUCCCGACGCAUCGCCACUGUGCUGCAGCACGAGGAGCGCCGCUGCCAGUAUCUCACAAGAGAGGCCAAGCUGAUCCUGGCGCUGCAGGAUGAGGUGUCCGCGGUAGCUGAUGCAAAUGAUGGUCCUCAGUCCCCGUUCCAUCACAUUCUGCCCAAGUGCAAGCUGGCCAGGGACCUUAAGGAAGCUUAUGACAGCCUCUGCACGUCCGGCGUGGUGCGGCUCCACAUCAACAGCUGGCUGGAGGUGGGCUUCUGCCUGCCGCAUAAGAUCCACUACGCUGCCGCGAGCCUCAUCCCCCCCGAGGCCAUCGAGCGGAGCCUGAAAGCCAUCCGCCCCUACCACGCCCUGCUGCUUCUCGGGGACGAGAAGUCCCUGCUGGGCGAGCUCCCGCUCGACUGCUCCCCGGCCCUGGUGCGUGUGAUCAAGACCACGUCUGCCGUGAAGAACCUGCAGCAGCUGGCCCAGGAUGCGGACCUGGCCUUGCUUCAGGUUUUCCAGCUCGCGGCUCACCUGGUGUACUGGGGCAAGGCCAUCAUCAUCUACCCGCUGUGUGAGAACAAUGUCUACAUGCUUUCUCCCAACGCCAGUGUGUGUCUGUACUCUCCACUGGCUGAGCAGUUCUCCCGUCAGUUUCCAGCUCACGACCUGCCAUCUGUCCUUGCUAAGUUCUCCUUGCCCGUCUCCUUGUCAGAAUUCAGAAACCCCCUCGCCCCCCCGGUGCAGGAGACCCAGCUCAUUCAGAUGGUCGUGUGGAUGCUGCAGCACAGGCUCCUUGUCCAGCUGCACACAUACGUGUGCCUGAUGGCCUCGCCCAGUGAGGAUGAGCCCCACCCUCGAGAGGAUGAUGUCCCCUUCACCACCAGGGUCAGCGGCCGCAGCCUCAGCACACCCAACGCCCUCAGCUUUGGUUCCCCAACCAGCAGUGACGACAUGACCCUCACGAGCCCCAGCAUGGACAACUCCAGUGCAGAGCUUCUCCCCAGUGGGGACUCCCCGCUGAACAAGAGGAUGACGGAGAACCUGCUGGCCAGCCUUUCGGAGCACGAGCGGGCGGCCAUCCUCAGCGUGCCUGCAGCCCAGAACCCCGAGGACCUCCGCAUGUUUGCUAGGCUCCUGCACUACUUCCGGGGCCGCCACCACCUGGAGGAGAUCAUGUACAAUGAAAACACGCGGCGCUCCCAGCUGCUCAUGCUCUUUGACAAGUUCCGCAGUGUGCUGGUGGUGACCACCCAUGAGGACCCAGUCAUCGCGGUGUUCCAGGCACUGCUCCCUUGAGACCAGACCGAAGACGAGGAGGCGGAGAGAGGGUGCUGCCAGCGGUGGGGCUGCUGGGCUCUCCCCAGCCCUGGGCUUCCCACCCCUACAGCGGGCUGAGCCCUCUUGUGCCUGAAGCCGGACUACAGUCCAGCAGCAGCCUUGGGCCUGCUGUACUCCAGGUUCUCGGUCUCGUCUGGUCCUGGAGGCAGCCUCAGCAUCUGAGCUGAGGUGAGGCUUCCAGCUGGAGGGAGUGUGCAGGACUCCUGCCUCAGAGGGAGGCCUGCUGCGUUCGUUCCACACGCAAAUUCGGGCCGUGCGUUUCUGUCAGACCCUCCUCCCAACCCCGUCCUCAUCCCCUGACCCCCUCCGCUGCUGCCUUCCCUUGGUCAGCCUGGGGGAUACACAGAAACACGUCUGCCCCCACCCCUCCGCCCUUCCGGGGGCCAGGAACACCUGAGUGGCCCUGCCCUCACCACAGCCCUUGCGUUAACCGCCAGCAGGCUCAUGACCAAGCUGUCACUCCCUCUCUGACACCUGAUGAUACACAAGGGACUGGGCUGAUCCCCAUCCUCAAGGUGAGUCUGCACUGGUACACGCUCCCCUCCCUCGUGCAGGCCUGAGGAAUGAUGCGUUCAGCCUCCUGCCCACACACGGCCCCCAGUGUCCGUCCUGGAGGAAGAAGGACUAAGCGCAUGCUGGCUACCGAGAGGAGCUCUGGCAGAGAUAACAAGCAGUACUCUUUUCCAGACAUAAAGCAUUUAUUUGGUCUUUGAACAAUUAAAAAGCCUUGUCCGAGCAGG